AUGGACGACGAAGAAUUUUGGGGAAACGACCCUAAGGCUCUGCAAAAUACUGAGUGGGAGAAGAUAUCGAACGACUUCACAAACGCAGGCUACCGCGAGGGCAUCACAGCCGGGAAGGAAGGCGCCCUCCAAGAGGGCUUCGACGACGGCUUCGCGUCCGUCGGCGCGCCCCUCGGCCGUGACCUAGGCAUCCUCCGAGGGCUCUCCUCCGCCCUCCUCGCUUUCCUCUCGAGAGCACCCGGCCCCCCUUCGAUCGCAACCGACCCACGCGUCGCGGAGGUGCGGGCGAUAGCGACUGAGCUUUCGAACGUGCGCCUCUCGGACAUCGCGCCCCCGGACCUGCAGGCGCUCGCGCACGCGCGGGAGCACCUCGACGGUGAGGGCAGGGACAGAGAUGCGCGUAUGGACGAUGAGGACGACGUGACCGACCCUGCCGAGCUCAACGAGGCGCUGAAGGCGAAGCGAGACAUGGAGAGCCUCGAGGACCUCAUGGCGCAGAUGGGCGGUGUGAUAGAAGGGGCAGGGGCGGACGCACGUCUGAAGCCGGCGCGUCCUACGGCCGAGGACGUCGCACGGCUCAAGGAGCGGCUUCUCGCUAUAGCGAGAGAGCUGGGCCUUGGGAUAGCGGUGCAAUGGAGUUGA